CGCCACGACGCACGGGACGCAGCAGGCAGGUGAUGUCGUGAUGGCGAGCCUGGGAGUGAGGCCGUCUACGACGCCGACGCCUGUGACGCCUGCGCCGCAAGCGGCGGGCUCCCCACACAACAAGCGGCCAACCGUCAUCAUAUACCCAACUGUGUCACCGGAGACGGUGGUGAUCCCGAUCGUGUCGUGCAUCCUGGGCUUUCCGCUGCUGGCGCUGCUCGUCAUCUGCUGCCUGCGUCGGCGCGCCAAGCUGGCACGCGAGAGGGCGCGGCGCCGCGCGGGGAACUGUGAAGCUGACGGCGGAUCGAUGUCACUGGUGCGGUUCAGUCCAGUAACCAAAUUAGGGUCGGACCGUUCGUCGCGCGCCGUGAGCCUAAGGAGCGAGAGGGCGCUCAGCCGUGGUUUCCCCUCGCUGGAGCUGGACACCGUAGUGGAGGAACGCUCAGACCCCGAGACCACGGAGAUCGCGGACACCUAACUUCACGCUGCCUGGACUCACACGUCGGAUUCUCAAUUAUAAUCCGCAUCUCGUCAGUUUACUCAAAAGUUCUGAAGAUCAGUCAUCAAAGAGAUGACACAAGCUUUAAAUUGUAUGCAUAUACAAUAAACCAAGAAAAGUUCUAUUUUGACAGUCUACUGCGGAAGAACUGGAAAAAAAUGAGAAAUAGAAACAAUUUGUUCCUUUGUACUUAUGUCGGAAUAGUACGCCUACAAUCAGAUUUUCAAACUUUGAGGAGAAAAAUGAUGUCGAUCGCAUAAAUAAUUGCUUUAUUCAGUAUUUUAUGGAGCUUCUCUGCAGUGUCCGGAGUGUAUUUGUUUGGUCGAAGUAUGUUAGACCACAGUGCGAGUACAGCAUGCAAGCACCUGGUAUUGUUUUCUCAUUCUAGCCCUGUAAAUACCGAAAUGUGUGUCGUUUACUCUUUAUUUUUAAAGUAUCUCUUGUAGACGAACGUUUUCUCAGUUUUACUUAGACUGUCGUCGACUUCUCAACCGAUUUUGGUCAAACGCAUUUAUCCUUGACACUAAAAAUGGUGACUACACUACAAAGAGAAUUUUUACUGAAAAUGGUGUGUAAUUAGCCAAAGUCUGUGACACGAUAAUAUGGACAGUUAUAAUCCACUACUGAAUUAUAUUGGUACGUCAUCAUUUCCUCCCAAACGACAAAAUCGUACCCAAUUUUUAUGUUAUAACAACAAACCAUCGUAAUUACGACGCGUUUGCAGUUUUACUUCAUAUUAAACACAUAAUCAGAUCGGUUGGCAUAGAAACUACACGUAAGUGCUGCAAAUGCUACGAGGUUACAACUUUUUAUUUAUUUAUUUACAUUGGCUUUUCAUUUCGAGGUCUUAUAACCAACUGUAGUUUAAACACAUCAGUAACAACUGUCAGAUUUGAUUAUUAUACAUGCAAAUAUUUCAGUACAGUUAAUAGUAAAAAAACGUAUAAAUUUUAUAAAAUUAGUAUGUAUAUACCAGGCUUAUGUAUGUGCAGGUGUCUGCUGCUGUAGGUUACCGGUGUAAUCCUACUGAGAAAUUUGAACUGAUGAAUAAUGAGCCUGAUUAAUUCUGCUGACACAAAAAUGACGAGGGUGUUUAGAACGUAUGGACACUUAAAAAAUAUUUUUAGUACUGUCUGAAAUAUCAACAUUCAUAUCAUGUACCUCUAAAACACUAUUACAAAUAUGUUACUUAGCAGUAAUCCUUUUAACUAAGCAACAAAGGAAAUACUAAACUUCAGUGAAAGUAAUUCUGGUAUCUUAAAGGUGUUGGGCAACACAUAUAGUAUAAACCCGCUAGGGUGACCAUUAUUUUAAAUUUUCGAAAUAUUAAGCACCCAGACCCUUCUGCUGUUCGAAUCAACAAAAAAACUAAUCUGUACAAAGGUUUUGCUAAAUCAAGCACCUGCAAGGCGACCCGCAACCUCAAUGAAGUUUUGAUGUUUUCACGCGGAACGUAAUUUUUUCCGAUAACUUUACAGUUAUUUUUUUUGCCUUUACUGUUAUACACAAGCAAUGCAAAUUAAUGUGAGUUUUCAUUAAUUUAAGUAAAAUGCAAUAUUUAUUUCCAGCAGUAUGUGAUUGUAAUUUCCACGGAAAUAUGAGAUAACACUUAAUGUUUUCAAUAUGGUUCAUGUUACGCACUAUUCACAAAUAUUAUUAGAUUAUGUUAUACUGUUAUUAAUACAUUUACUCUGUUAUAAUUUGAUAGUUUUAUAUGUUGGUUUACUUACUUUGGAAUGAAAGAUGAAAUUGUUUUUCA